AUGAAAGAGCCGUCCUUUGCCACCGAUGGCCUCUCCAGCCAGGCCGCGGCCAGCGUGCUUCGUUCUCUCCAAGAGAGAAAAUACUGCGAUUUCGAUUUGGUCUGCCAAGGGCACAGCAUACCCGUCCACAAGGCCGUUGUCUGCGCCCAGUCGCGAGUCUUUGCAAACAUCUGCUCCAGAAGAUCGCAGAGAGCGGCCCCGAUAUCUUAUGGCAUUCCCCACUCCGACAUUCAGACAGUCGAGCUCAUGGUCCAGUAUCUAUACACGGGCAAGCAUACCUACUCUGUACGAGGCCCAAUCGUUUCACACGACCCUAGCCUUCCAAUAUCCGAAACUCGAAUGAUCGAUAACCCCAAAUACAUAAGGAAUAAAGCAGCAAUUGUCACCGUACUCUCGGCUCACAUCAAACUGCUCGACCUCGCCGAAACGUGCCUCGUCGAUGAGCUCGUCGUCCGAGUCGUUGACGAGUUUCGAGCGGUGCUUUCUCAUCCAGACUACGGAUACUGCUUCAUGGCCCUCCUUGAAAUCAUUCCAAGCGUCUACGAGCAGCAAAAUUCGGCUAGGAGCCUGCUUAGGAAAGAGUGCGUCGCCGCCACCACUGCAGGCUUCGGCCCUUGGUUGACCGCGCACGGCAGUCAUCGCCAAGCGCUCGACAAGCUGCUCGUCACAGUUCCGGAGUUUUCCAAAGACCUUAUCGAUUCAUUCAUUACCACGAAGCAGCAUCCGGUCAAGAAGCAGGACUCCAUGUCCAAGUCCGAGAUGAUGCGCCAGUAG